UAUAUGUGUAUUUUAUUUAUAAUAUUUAUAAAAUUAUUUUUUCUCCGAAUAAUUUGAAAAACUUUCUUACCGAACUAUGAUUCCAAUGAACGAUGAAGAAACAUAAGUUUCAGCAAAAAAAUUAAGGAUAGAUGUCGCGCGCUACACUAAAUUGGUCACGUGGUUCAUCACAAAUAUGAGAAAGCAUGGUGAGCAUGUGGUGCGUUUGAAUAUCCGGCGUGUUUGUAAUUAUUAAAAAAAUUUGGAAUAAAAAUUAAACGUCAUAUUAAAGUUAAGACGCAGAAAUAAAAGGAAAAAUGAAGGGACUUUCGAAGCUGAAGAAAGCAAAGAGCAAUGGAUAUGGUACUGUUUAUAGCAUAAAAAAUGAGUAUUCGAAUUCAGAUAAUGAAAAUACAAUGAAUUCUGAAAUGGACAAUGAAGAUUCAGAAAUGAAUUCUGAAUCUGAUAAUGCAGAUCUGAUGGAAGAUACAAUAAACAAGGAUGAAGAACUUGAUUCUGACAAUGCAGAAAACACAAGUGACAGAGGGGAAGAAUUAGAGAAUUAUGAGAUAGAAUCUCGUGUAGAAAAUCAAGAAAAAAAGAGAAAAAAAGUAACUGAUGAAUUAACUGAAGUGGUGCCUAAGAAAAAGAAAAAGUUUGAAAACAGUCUUUAUAAACAACCAACAGUUGAAGAACUUAAUCAACUUAGGGAAACUGAAAACUUAUUUCACUCAAAUUUAUUCCGACUCCAAAUUGAAGAAGUUCUUAGCGAAGUGAGACUUAAAGAUAAAUAUAAAGCAUUAUUUGAGAUUUGGUUUGGAAAGUUAAAAACAGCAAUUGAGUCUAUCGAAGAGACUGAUGAGAUUCCGCUUGUAGAUAAUAAUUUGGAUGAGAAAUUAGGUGUUUGCAUUCCCAUACCGCAUGUACCAAAAGAAAAAAAGAGCGUUUUUAAAUUCUUGAAGCCAUCCAACAUUAGUGUGGUUGGAUCUUAUAAUACAGGAUGUAUUAUCGGACCUACUGUUACCGUGGAUGUAAUGGUGGAGAUGCCAGCUGGCCUGUUCCGGAAACAAGAUUAUCAGAACUAUGUAUAUUUUCGCAAAAGAGCGAUGUAUCUGGCGUUUGUAACGUCAGUUAUAGGAAACGAUAUCGCAGAAAAUAAGAAAUUUAUUGGUGAUGAUCUAAGACCUUUUUUAAAGCUUCGACCAAGUGGAAAAUUGAACAAAAAGAUAGACGUAGUAAUACACAUAUCGGCACAGGAGACAAGCUUUAAGUUGAAUAGAUUUCUGCCAGAGAAAAAUAGCAUCAGGCCAGGAUGGUACUUUAGCAAGAAAUCUUUGGAAGACACACCUUUAUCACCCACUCCGCAUUAUAACUCUAUGAUAUUGUGUGACUUGAUAAUGUCAAGAAUGGAUUCUGAAGUUACGCGAAUAAUAAAAGAGUAUCCGAACUUGAGGGACGGUAUAAUUUUGCUAAAAAUAUGGCUACGUCAGCGCGAAUUGAAUAAAGGAUACGAUGGCUUCGUUAAUAACAUAAUCACUAUGUUUGUAAUCUAUUUGUUACGUGCGAAAAAGCUCAAUACGUUCAUGAGCAGCUAUCAGAUUGUACGGAAUGUCUGGAUUUGUUUAGCGCAAGGAAAUUGGUACGAGAAUGGAAUCACCAUGUGUGAGAACAAAGAUAAUCAGAAACAAGUCUCUCAUUAUCAUAAUUAUUACGAUUGUGUCUUUCUUGAUAUUACCGGCUAUCACAAUUUCGCAGCAAAUUUAUCGAAAGAUACCUUUUUAUGGGUACAAAGAGAAGCGAUGCAAUGCCUGAAGCAUUUGGAUAAUAUACAUGUGGAUAGUUUUCAUGCACUUUUUAUGCGGAGUGUACCAUUUCAUAGAGCAUUUGAUCACAUUUUAUGUUUUCAGAAAAAAACAAUUUUAAAGAAAAUAGCGAGUAAAUGUAAUGCUGACAGCAAACUCGAUUAUGGCCCUGACAUACGUAGUCAAGUGAUUAAAUUACUUUUUAAAGUGUUGAAGAAAGGUCUAGGAAAUAGAAUUAAUCAAUUGUGUAUAUUACCUAAAACAUAUAAGGAAUGGGAAUGCACCGAGAAGAUGCCAGAUAAGAUUGGAAAGCUUGUUAUUGGAUUAGAAUUGAAUCCUGAGACAUGUUUUGAUGUCGUGGAUAAAGGACCUGAAGCUAAUUUGCCAGAGGCAGCUGACUUUAGAAAUUUUUGGGGUGUCAAAUCUGAAUUACGUAGAUUUAAAGAUGGAGCCAUUCGCGAGGCUGUGGUUUGGUCAAAAGGCAAAACUCUCGCGGAUAAGAGGAUAAUAUGCAAGAAAAUAAUAAUAUUUUUGUUAAAAGCAAAAUUUAACAUUUUCAAGAAUCAAUAUUUGUAUGUCGCAGAUCAAAUGGAAGAUUUACUAAAGUUGUACAAGUAUAAAAUAACACACUUUAUAUAUGGUACUGAAGAAGCUACGCUCAAGGUUCUGCGAGCUUUUAACACCUUAGAAAGGAAUUUGAUGUCAUUGGUCGAUAUGCCUUUGACAAUAAAUGGUGUACAAGGUUCAAGUCCAAUUUUCCGAUACGCGGAAGUCUUUCCACCUCUUGCCACCACUCAUCGAAAGAUCGAUGGUAUCACCGAGGAAGACAAAAAUUGUUUAAGUCUUUCAAAGAAUAUCACGAAAUGUCCUAUGUAUGUUCACGCGCUCGAUGCAACGUUACAAUUAGCAACCAGUGGAAAAUGGCCUGAAGAAUUAGAAGCCAUUAGAAAAACAAAAGCGGCAUUUCAUAUACAAAUCGCGGAAUGUCUCAGGAUGCAACAUCAACUAACGGUGCAAGCUAAUCUUUCUCAUAUAGAUGUGUAUCAGAACGGAUUCGUUUUUCGACUAAGAGUGGCGCAUCAAAAGGAAAUCGCUUUAAUGAAACAAGUCAAAGAGAAUGGAGUGAUUAAAUAUAGAGACAAUGAAGAAUCCGUCAAAUUGGAAAACCAAUUGUUUCAUUUACCGAAAUUGAGUAGCGCCUUGCACGGAUUACACUCUCAGCAACCAUCGUUCGGUCUUGCUUGCUGUUUAGCAAAACGAUGGUUAUCGGCACAACUUUUGGAUGAUACUCAUAUGCCAGAAAUUGUGAUUGAAUUAGUCAUGGCUUCAAUAUAUCUAUCACCGGAGCCAUAUAAACCUGCUCAGAUGCCGCAGGUGGCAUUUUUACGAUUUUUGGAAGUUAUUGCAAGAGCUCACUGGAACAUCGAUCCUGUUAUUGUUAAUUUUAAUGGCGAGAUGACCAAUGAAGAAAUCACCGCCAUAGAAACAUUAUUCAAUACAGCUCGCAGUUCUCUACCACCGCUAUUCAUAUCUACUCCUUACGAUCAACAAAAAUCUUUGUGGACCAGGAAAGCGCCAUCGCAAUUGAUAUUAAAUCGUAUGAGUGCGCUCGCAAAGGAAUCGCUGAAAUUAUUCGAUGAUAUGUUAUUUAAUAAUACAGUUUUGGAUGUAAAAUCCAUGUUUCGACCUCCACUUUCGGAAUAUGAUUGUUUGUUGCAUUUAAAGCCAAGUAUGAUUCCUAGAAGAUUACAAGCGAUCGAUAUAUCCAACAAAGCAGAAAUCGUAGAUCUGCAUCCGUAUAAAGUGCAUUCUCUUCAAAAAAUUCCAAUUGUAGACUUUGAUCCUGUACAGUAUUUCUUGAAAGAUUUAAGAGAUGGUUAUGGGGAUUACGCCUUGUUUUUCCACGAUACUUAUGGUGGCACAGUGAUUGGGGUUUUAUUAAAACCCACUGUUCUCGAGCGUAAGGAUUUCAAAGUAUCGGACACCAGUUGUAGAAAACUCGAUGACGAUGGUAAGCUCGUCUUGAACAUUUCGACGAUGAUUGAAGAUUUUUACGUCCUGGGAAAAGGUAUUAUACGCACAAUCGAUGUUCCGAACAAAAAACUUUCCUUAAUGUCACAAAGAAUAUAGAUACAUUCAAACCUCAAGAAUUAUUUCGAGACCUGUGAAAUACAAUCUUUGUAAAUAUGAAAAUAUUGAAAAUAAAUAUGUUUUAUUACAAAAAAAAA